ACUUGGAAGUCACUACCAGCUACGGAUAUCCAGUUCAUCAUGCGCUUCGCUCUACUUGCCGUUCUCCUCAUAGGAGUGAUCUUUGCCUUUGUCUCCGCCGGCGGAGGCGGUGGUGGCGGAGGUGGCGGAGGUGGCCAAGGAAGUUGGCAGAAGAAUGGCGGAGGAGGAGGUGGUGGUGCCCAAGGAGGCUGGCAAAAGGGUGGCGGUGGAGGAGGAGGUGGCAAGCAUGGCGGUGGAAACGGCGGUGGUGGCAAGCACGGCGGCGGCGGUGGUGGCGGUGGAGGUGGUGGAAAGCAUGGAGGCGGCGGCUGGUAAAUACCAAAGAUCCCCAAGCGAACCACAGAGAAUAAUCCUGCAACCACCCGAUACAAAGUGAUUUUUUUGGCAACGUUGUCCUACUAAAAACAAAACCUGUAUCGCCUCUUUUCUAUACUCAAUUGAUUUAACAAUGUGUUUUCAUUACUUCCUUGUUUAAUUUAAAAAUAAACCUAUUUUCCUGCAAUACAAAAA